CAGAUAUAGUGAAUGCAGGGUCCAGGGAGACCAGAUAUAGUGAAUGCAGGGUCCUGGGAGAUCAGAUAUAGGAGACCAGAUAUAGUGAAUGCGGGGUCCGGGGAGACCAGAUAUAGUGAAUGCGGGGUCCGGGGAGACCAGAUAUAGUGAAUGCAGGGCCCGGGGAGACCAGAUAUAGUGAAUGCAGGGUCCGGGGAGACCAGAUAUAAUGAAUGCGGGGUCCGAGGGGAGACCGGGGGAGACCGGAUAUAGUGAAUAUAGUGAAUGCAGGGUUCUGGGAGACCAGAUAUAGUGAAUAUAGUGAAUGCAGGGUUCGGGGGAGACCAGAUAUAGUGAAUAUAGUGAAUGCAGGGUUCGGGGAGACCAGAUAUAGUGAAUAUAGUGAAUGCAGGGUUCGGGGAGACCAGAUAUAGUGAAUAUAGUGAAUGCAGGGUCCUUGGUAUAGU